UGUGAGCGGAGAGGAGAUCCCAUCUGCACUAAUCGGCUGAAGAGGGCCAGAAAGCGGUGUUACAGAGUGGAGGAGAGAGUUGCACUUAUAUUUUAAAUUAAUUUAUUCAUAAAUAUAUAUAUAUAUAUUGUACUUAUAGAUAGCUAUACAAUAUCUUAAUUAAUUUAAACAACAAAAUGCAAGCGUUAAUGAUAGCGGCCUUAUUGGCUGUGGCGUGUGCAGACCCCAAAGUAUAUUUGAGGGAGCAGUUCGAUGAUGGGGAUGAAUGGAAGAGUCGGUGGGUUGAAUCGAAACACAAGUCGGAUUAUGGGAAGUUUGUUCUGACGGCUGGAAAAUUCUACGGGGAUGCAGAGAAAGACAAAGGCUUGCAGACAAGCCAGGAUGCCAGAUUCUACUCCAUGUCCACAAGGUUUAAUUCUUUCAGCAACGAAGGGGAAACCCUGGUCAUUCAGUUCACAGUGAAGCACGAGCAGAGCAUUGACUGUGGGGGCGGCUACAUCAAACUCUUCCCAGGAGAACUGAACCAAGAGGAAAUGCACGGGGAGUCCAGCUACAACAUCAUGUUCGGUCCAGAUAUCUGUGGGCCUGGAACCAAGAAGGUUCAUGUGAUCUUCAACUACAAGGGAAAGAACCACUUGAUCAACAAGGAUAUUAGAUGCAAGGAUGACGAGUACACUCAUCUGUACACUCUGAUCGUCCGCCCUGACAACACCUACGAAGUGAAGAUCGACAACAAGAAGGUGGAGUCUGGCAGCCUGGAGGGGGACUGGGACUUCCUGCCCUCCAAGAAGAUCAAGGACCCUGAAGCCAAGAAGCCGGACGACUGGGACGAGAGGGAGAAGAUUGACGACCCAGACGAUACCAAGCCCGAGGACUGGGACAGGGCUGAGCACAUUCCCGACCCUGAUGCCAAAAAGCCAGACGACUGGGAUGAAGAGAUGGAUGGUGAAUGGGAGCCCCCUAUGAUCACCAACCCUGAAUACAAGGGCGAGUGGAAACCACGCAAGAUUGAUAACCCUGACUACAAGGGCAAAUGGGUGCACCCUGAAAUUGAUAACCCAGACUACACCCCCGAUUCCAAAAUUUACAAGUACGACAGCAAUGGUGUACUCGGGCUUGACUUGUGGCAGGUGAAAUCGGGAACGAUCUUUGACAAUUUCCUCAUAACAAAUGACGAAAAGUUUGCUGAAGAAGUUGGCAAUGAAACUUGGGGUGUAACCAAGGACCCCGAGAAGAAAAUGAAGGAGGCCCAGGAGGAAGAGGACAGGAAGAAGCGUGAGGAGGAUGAGAAGGCCAUGAAGGAUGAAAUAAAGGAUGAGGGGGAAGGGGAAGAAGAGAAAGAGGAGGAUGAGGAAGAGGAGGACGACGACGAGGACGAAGAAGAAAAUGAGGAAGAAACGGACUCUAACCUGAAGGAUGAGUUGUAAUCCCAGAGUGUUCAAAGAGACACCCUGCCUAUUAUGAGCCAAUCUGGCAGAGCUGUGUGGACAUUCCUUAUACUUUUCCGAGGGGAGGUGCCUUCAUUCCACUUGGGCAUGAAAAACACAAAACCAAUAUCAGAAGCCUUGGGUACCUGCUGCUUUUCAUAUGGAAGCCCCCUUUUUAAAAGAGGGUUUACAAAGGAAAACAAGUUUCUUUUUUAAAAGCCUAGGUUAAUUUUCUGUGGAAUUAGCUAAACAAAUCCUUCCUUGUUCGAUAAGAACACGCCUUGAGAUAGAAGCAGGUUUCUCCAUUGGGUUAUGUCUUCAUGGUUAUUUUCUUAUUAGCUGUUAUCUACCACUGGAAAGACCCCCUUCCCCCAUCCUAUUAAAUUUCAUUGACUCUAUGAUUUUAUAUUUGUGUUUUUUUUUUUUGUUUUUUUUUGUUUUCCAGGGCAGUUGCAAAAUAUUGAGGAAAUUGCUGUAACCAAUGCCUCCAGUAAACCAUGCAGGUAGCAAACUAAAUGCCAUCGUUAAUUAAGAGUCAGGGGUAAAAAUGGUAGCUUGGACAAUGUUUUAUAAGUGCCAGAUGAGCACACAUUCAGCAACAAUCUUUUCUAGUGCAUGUGUUUGUUACCCUUUCUAGUGCUGCUCACCCUCCAUGCUCACAUUGUACACAUUUGGUCUAAAUAGUAAACUUUGUGUUCUGAAUCGCAUUACCAACAUCAUGUGCAUAGCUCUGUGAAUGUACAGUCUGUCGCUGUUAGUGCUGAUAGAAAACCUUAAUAUGGAGUGAUCAAAGCAUGACCGUGUUUAGUGGCAUGAGAGGAGCUGGUGAUUGUGUUUUUUAAAUGGCUUUUGAUUCAUUUCACACUGAUCGUAUUCCUCUGCUAGUGCAAGCCUGUGUUUGUGGCUGUUUUGUUUUUAAUGAAAAUUGUUUUUGGAAGUACCACAGACCCACUGCCAGCAAAAGGGGGCACAUAUUAGGCAGUAAAGAGUGACUGCUAAAUCUCAAUUCCUUUGUACAUCAUGCCGAGUAAAUGUUGGAGGGUUUGUCCUGUUUUAGAAUGACCAUCCUUUAUUAAUGAAAAUAACAACAUUGCAGACAAUUUACAAUGUGAAUUUGCACUGCUGUACAUUCAUACAAUCUUAGACUUGUCAAUGAACAAGGUUACUUUUAUUUUCAUUUUGUUUUUUUAUAUAUUUUGUACUGUAGGCUUUUUUUCCCCUUUCAGCUGUUGUAUAAAAAGAUCUUGUGCGCAAAACAAGUUAAUGUACAGUGAUAAAAAAAAAUAAAUGUAAAAAUGAAA